UCCGUACUGGAAAAGCUGUGUGUGUGUUUAAGUGUAACUUGACGGUCCUUCCUUCCAGCUGAGACAACCGAAGAGAAGAUGGCGGCGCUACGAGUUGUGGUGCUAUGUGGGAGUGGGAGAGCUCUCCUCAGCACUCCGAAAACUCUCAAGACUCCCAAGGCCAACAUGUCCUUCGCCAGCCUGCCACGGAACAAGAAGGUUGUCUUGACAACAUUAGGUGUGGUCACAGCUGGUGGGGCGGGGCUCGCUCUCAUGCUGCACCAGUCUGUUAAAGCCUCUGACUUGGAGCUCCACCCUCCUCACUACCCAUGGAGCCAUGCUGGACCUCUGUCCUCUCUGGACCAUGCUAGUAUUCGUCGUGGCUACCAGGUGUAUAAGCAGGUGUGUUCAGCCUGCCACAGUAUGGAGUACCUGGCUUUCAGAAACCUGGUGGGUGUGUCGCACACAGAGGAUGAGGUUAAGGCCAUUGCUGAGGAGGUUGAGGUUGUGGAUGGCCCUGAUGAGAGUGGUGAGAUGUUCACUCGGCCAGGAAAGUUGUCAGAUUACUUCCCUAAGCCCUACCCCAACCCUGAGGCUGCUCGUGUCGCCAACAAUGGAGCCCUGCCUCCAGACCUUAGCUACAUUGUCAAUGCCAGACAUGGCGGUGAAGACUACGUGUUCAGCCUGCUGACUGGUUACUGCGAGCCUCCUGCAGGAGUGGCAGUGAGGGAAGGUCUCUAUUACAACCCCUACUUCCCUGGUCAGGCUAUCGGCAUGGCCCCACCCAUCUACAACGAGAUUCUGGAGUAUGAUGAUGGAACACCUGCCACCAUGAGUCAGGUUGCUAAGGACGUGUGUACCUUCCUGAGAUGGGCUGCCGAGCCAGAGCAUGACCAACGCAAACGCAUGGGACUGAAGCUGCUGAUGGGCUCAGCCAUCCUCGUCCCUCUGCUCUACUACAUGAAGAGACACAGGUGGUCUGUGCUGAAGAGCAGGAAGAUUGCCUACAGGCCUCCCAAGUAAACAGAAACAAACACACCCCAAGAUGGGCCUAAAACUGAGAUGGCUGCGUUCAAUGACCCCACAAUGCUCACCUCAAGAAGAUCUUAGACCCAUAAUAAUGGACAAACACACUUGCCUUUCUAAGAGGGGGUAGACAACUAUGAGUACAUAUAUUGUGUUUAUUCCUACAGAAAAUAUCUUUUAUAAGUUGGUGGCAUGGCGGAUCCAGUUGUGUGACAGAUUUUCCUGUAUCUGAAAUAUUGUGGCGCAAGCUUGUGUCAGAUUUGUGGCGUUCUUGAACACACCCUUCACAAAUUUUGUUUGAUCUGCAGCGAUCACAACUGGUAGCAGUUCACGUCUUGACAUCUCGUAUCAGACUGUCACAAUUGACUAAUGAGUUGAUUGACAGUCCAUCUUUGUAAGAUACUCGAUAACCACAUAAGCACUUGGAAAUACUUGCUCUACAAAGUUUUCUGGGUGUAUGGAACUCCUUCCUUCACUGUCCUCCCUGCAAAACAACUGCUAAACCUCUGUUUUACUGUACAAAAUAAAUUAUCUUCAAGGAAA